AUGGGUGUCACUGGCCUCUGGACCGUUCUGCAGCCCUGCGCGCGGCCGAUCAAGAUCGAAACGCUGAAUAAGAAGCGCCUCGCCGUCGAUGCCUCCAUCUGGAUAUACCAGUUCCUCAAGGCCGUGCGCGACAAGGAAGGAAACGCUUUACGGAACAGCCAUAUUGUCGGUUUCUUUCGCCGAGUAUGCAAGCUUCUCUUCAUCGGCAUCAAGCCCGUCUUCGUCUUCGAUGGCGGCGCACCGGCGCUGAAGCGACAAACCAUCAACAACCGCAAGUCGCGACGUGAAGGUAGACGAGAAGAUGCGGUCCGGACAGCUGGAAAGUUGCUGGCUAUACAAAUGCAGAGGGCUGCUGAGGAGGAGGAGAAGAGGCAGAAGGAAGCUGCAAAGCACCCAAGGGAGGAGCCACCGCAACAGGAGGAAGAGAUACCCGACAAUCUGGUCUAUGCGGAGGAACUUCUGCAGACGCCCCAGGAGCGAACAGAAAAUCGCACCUUCAAGAAGAAGGAUCAGUAUCACCUUCCAGACCUCGGCAAGUCCAUGUCGGAAAUGGGUGCUGCGAAUGAUCCCAGGGUCAUGUCGCUCGAAGAGCUGGAGGAGUACGCACGUCAAUUUGACAGAGGCGAAGAUAUCAAUGUCUAUGACUUCUCCAAGAUUGACUUCGAUGGUCAUUUCUUCCAGAGCCUGCCUCCGGCUGAUAGGUACAAUAUCUUGAACGCAGCCAGGCUACGAAGUCGACUCAGGAUGGGACACUCAAAAGAACAGCUUGACGCAAUGUUUCCCGACAGGAUGGCCUUCUCCAAGUUCCAAAUCGAGCGUGUGCGCGAACGUAACGAACUUACGCAGCGAUUGAUGAACCUCAACGGGAUGAACGACGAUGCAUUUGGCGCAGGCGGAUUCAAUCGCGUUGCGGGCGAGAGAGAUAGGGAGUAUGUUCUCGUCAAGAACGACGGAGUAGAAGGUGGUUGGGCCCUCGGAGUCGUACUGAACAAGGAAGAGGGCAAAGCUCACAAGCCGAUCAACGUGGACCUACCAGAGCGCCCUGCUGAAGAAGAACAAGAAUGGGAGGACGAUGAAGACUUCGAGGACGUUCCCAUCGAGGGCCUGAACAGGCUGCCAAAGCCCAAGGGGGGCUUGAGCGCCCAAGAGAAGGAGGGCCGUGAGUUCAUCGCCAACGAGCUUGCGACACGACGCAGAAACCUUUACAAGUCGAGGAAAGAGAAGCCAGUACAGUCUAAACCACAAAGGGCUACGCCGGUCAACCAAGAUCCAGAUUCGUUGUUCCUUGCGGACGAUAACGAAGAAGAGGAAGAUUGGGAGAACGUUCCGAUGAGCGGUGCGAACGAUGUGGAUGAUGCAGGGGAUGAUGUCGAGAACGAGCAGUUACAGCAAGCCAUUGCCUUGUCAAUGCAGCCCGAGAAGCAAGCGGUUGCUGAAGAAUCUGACGACGAUCCAGUGCGUGAAGUUUUUGAACAGAAACGUGCCGCUGAAGCCAAUCCUUUCGCUGGGACGAAGGGUUCUGGAAUGGCUAUCGCAAGGCUUGCAAAUCAACGCAGUAACAAGCUUGCUCCAAAAGGCCCCUUUGAAGGAAGCGACAGCGAAGAGGAUAUGGACUUGCAGGCUGCACUAGCGGAGUCUCGCAAGUCCAAACGUCCAGUUAAGCCAAAGAAAUCGUCAUUUACACAACAGCACCCAACACCAGCACCCGCUGUCAAGUCUACGCCAAAGCCGAAGGACGCUGCCGGUUUUGAUGGGCCGCUACCCUUCGAAAGACUCAACCUAGGCAACUCUCUUUUAGGCAAGAAGAAAAUGGACAAGCUCGAAGAAGACAACGCAGGCGGUUUCGAAAAGGACUAUGGGCAAGAUAAGAAGGAUGCCGUGCCACUUCCACCGUGGUUCAGCGGCCAAAGAGAUAUUGCAAAAGAAGUGAAUGCUCAACGGCAAGAAGAGAAGGAACAGUGGGAAGAAGCACGUCAGGAGGAGAAGUCCAGAUUCCAGUUCCAGCAGCUCCCAACCCUUCGAAAGCCAGAGACCAAAGAAGUUAUUGAUUUAGAUGCGCCAGCUAGCCAAAAUCAGGACCAAGUGAUUGCAAUCGACUCAGACGACGAGGCUGAUGCACAGAUGGAAGACGUUCCAGUUGAGGAUACCAAAUUGAGGAUGGGCGAUCUCGCUGACAAAGUCAAGGCGGAGCCCCCUAAACCGCUUUCUCCGCAGCAGAAGUCGCCUCCCCGCCAAGAUCCUAGUCUGGUGAAGAAGACCCCAUUUGCGGAUGAUUCUGAUGAUGAGCCAGUGGAUUGGUCUGAGAGCGAGCCUGAAGAUGAAAGACAUGUACAGCAUAAGUCGACCGCUGACGGGAAGUCAGAACCAACCGUUGUGCAGCCUCCAAAGUCUGCAUCCGAAGAAUCCGAGGAGUUCGAGGAUGUACCCAUGCAAACGGAGACAGCCGCUUUGACUGAACCCGCCAAGUCGGCAUCGCCAGAGUUUGAGGACGUGCCUAUGCAGGGCGAACCUGUUGCAACAGCAGCUCUACAACCAAAGUCACCAUCGCCAGUGUUUGAAGAUGUUCCCAUUCGCCAGGAACGACCACGUCGACCACCAAGGGAGCUAUCGCCUUUACAAGGUCCAGACGAUCUGACAAAGCCUAUCGUUCCUCACAGUGGCGUAGCAGAUGACAGCGCACCUUUAGAAAUGCCUGAAGGCAACGACUCGGACCAGUACUCCGAUCCUGAGGACGAAGAACUCUUCGCAUCUCUAGCGAAAGAAGCAGAAGAGCAUGCGCGAUUCGCUCAAGAACUGUCCAACAACACUGCAGCCAGGGUCAAUUUCGAUGACGAGCUCAAACAGCUCCGCGCACAGCAAAAGAAAGACCGUCGAGAUGCGGAUGAAGUCACCCAGACCAUGAUAUCCGAGUGCCAGCACUUGUUAACUUUGUUCGGAUUGCCGUACAUCACAGCGCCUAUGGAAGCCGAAGCUCAAUGCGCUGAACUGGUCACACUUGGCCUUGUGGACGGCAUCGUGACCGACGACUCCGAUACCUUCCUCUUCGGUGGUACGCGUGUCUACAAGAACAUGUUCAACGCAGCCAAGUUUGUCGAAUGCUACCUCGCCCAAGACCUCACCAAUGAAUUCAGCCUCACACGCGAGAAGAUGAUUGCAAUCGCCCAAUUACUUGGCAGCGACUACACAACAGGCAUUCCAGGCAUCGGGCCCGUGACCGCGCUUGAAAUCCUCUCCGAGUUUCAAGACCUAGAGUCUUUCCGAACAUGGUGGGAUGGCGUCCAAAGUGGAACUAUCAAGAAGGAAGAAGACGCAAAGAAACCGUUCCGAAAACGGUUCCGCAAGAACCAGGCUACCAAACUCUUUCUACCACCAGGGUUCCCAGAUCCUCGCGUAGCGGAAGCUUAUCUUCAUCCCGAGGUCGACAGUGACCCUGAGCCGUUCCAAUGGGGCGUCCCCGAUCUGGCUGCUUUGCGUUCUUUCUUGAGUUCUCAGAUUGGAUGGAGUCCUGAGAGGACGGAUGAGGUGCUUGUUCCUGUUAUCAAGGAUAUGAAUCGCAGGGAGAAGGAGGGCACGCAGGCGAACAUUACUCGGUUCUUUGAGGGGGGUGUCGGGGCUGGCGCUUUUGCGCCGAGAGUGAGGAAUGCGGAGAGUGGGCCGAGUGGGAAGAAGAAGGGUACUGGGGCGGCUGGAAAGAGGUUGGGUGCUGCGUUGAAUCGAUUGGCGGGGAAGGAUGGAGAGGUAGGAGAUGGAGUGGCGACUGCAGGUGGAGAGGCAGAAGCCGUGCAUGAGACGACUACUGGUGGAACAGGCAGGAAGAAGAGGAAGGCUGCAAGUAAGCCUGUGUCGUUGGCUGAAAAGGAGGAUGGAGAUGCGACUGCCAGUGUUGAGGAAGAGGAAGAAGAUGAGCUUUACAAGGAGCCCACAGCGAAGAAACCACGGAAGACGCGGAAUGGGAAAGCAGCCAAGUAA